AUGAUCUGGCUCACACUCCUCCUCGCGGCCGUCGUGAACGGCCAGCUCAAUCUACCCCGUGGUCUGAACCACCUUCGAUUUGGCUGCUCCCAGAUUACUGUCGAACGUCUUGAUCCUCUAGUUAACCCCGGGCUGGUUGGCACUCCACAUAUGCAUCAAGUUGUAGGUGGGAACGCCUUUAAUGCUUCGAUUCCUUCGACCGAUGUUUCCAGUAUAGCUUCCUGUACGACCUGUGGUCCUGCUGAUGAUUUGUCGAACUACUGGACGGCGAAUGUUUAUUUCAAGGCGAGGAAUGGGAGUUAUAAGAGAGUUCCUCAGGUCCCAAAUAGGUAGGUUUUUUACGAGGAGAUUGAAAUUUGCUCUUUCCCCCUGUGCUUCGCUUACAAGAAUUGAUAUAUGUUCCUCCAGACUUCAAAGUCUCUUUAAUAGGAAGUGGCCAGCUGACUUUUAGAAAUUAGAUAUUUGUUCAACGAUAGGUUCACUACCCAAACGAAUGGUGGCAUAACAGUGUACUAUAUCUCCCAGGGCAAGAACGAAGUCACAGCUUUCAAGCCUGCACGUUCUACAUUCAUUUUAUCACUGUACCAUCAUGAUACUGACUCUCUUCCAACUUAGGGAUUCCGUAUGCUAGUCGGCGACCCAAUGCGUCGAACCCCAAAAUACAAAAUGCAACGUUGUUUCCGCUGCUACACAGGGCCGAACUUUGGCGGGGAUGACAGGGCGCCAUGUUCCGAUCCCAAGGUAGAUAGCGAAGGUUUUCCUCCUGGGCCUUGCUUGGGUGGUAUAAGAUCGAACAUUCUUUACCCCACGUGAGUUCUGUUUUUGAUUCUAUUUCACUUCGGAGGGCGAAGUACGAGGAAACACAAGAACCCAAAGUCCUGACACCAAACCAGCUGCUGGGACGGUAAAACCCUCGACACCCCAAACCACCAAGACCAUGUCGCAUACCCAACCAAAGGACCGGCGGAUUUCCUCAUGCCAAGCACAUGUCCCUCCACGCACCCCGUGAAAAUUCCUCAGUUGAUGCUAGAAGUCGUCUGGGACACGACACAAUUCAACACCAAAGCGGAGUGGCCAGCGGAUGGCUCGCAACCGUUUGUGCUCAGUACCGGGGAUAAUACGGGGUAUGGACAACAUGGGGAUUACGUGUUUGGGUGGAAGGGCGAUUCCUUGCAGAGAGCGAUGGAUGAUAAUGGGUGUUUUAGUGCGACGUGUGGGAAGCAGAAGAGUCAGGAUGUUGGGGUUGCUAAUCUGUGUCGGAUUCCGAAGACGGUUGUUGAGGAUGCUGAUGGUUGUGAGUUUUCCCUGCUUCGCUCUUCUUUCUUUGCUUGUUUUCUUUUUUAAUUUAUUGGUGGUUUAUGGGUAGAGACGGUUGACUGAUCUUAAUUUCUAGGGAUGGAUGUUUUGCCUGGCAAUCCGAUGGGGGGUUAG